UCGGUGGUGGGGGCACACGACGGACCACCGUCUCCACCACUUCAUGCAGUGCUUUCACCGGAUGUCCUGGCGAACGCAACAAUAGCAGAAGCAACAACGACGACCGAACGGCUAUUAGACGCACUCAGCGAAACCAUAGGCACGCUCUUCGUAGCUGUAACUGCCAACGAUUCUUCCGGUACUGGCACCAACCAGCUGGGUCGCAACGGAAGUUCCGCGUUUGAUAACGGUGGCGGCGGUGCGGGAAGCUCUUUCAGUCGAUUCGUUCUGAAUGCCACCGAUCAGGUGUUCGAAAAUGAGUUCAUUGACGACAGCUUCAACGGCAGCUUCAACGGUAGCUACAACGAGUCGUACAGCGAGAUGCCACAGAUCCCAGAGUACAUCCGAGCCACGUCGAUGGUGUUUUGUAUCAUCAUCAUGUGCUUGGGUGUCAUCGGUAAUAUUAUGGUCCCAAUCGUCAUUCUCAAGACGAAAGAUAUGCGCAACUCCACCAACAUCUUUCUAACCAAUCUAAGUAUCGCCGACAUCCUGGUACUGCUCGUCUGCACUCCCACUGUUCUGGUUGAAGUCAACUCCCCACCGGAAGUAUGGGUACUAGGAGAAGAAAUGUGUAAAGCAGUGCCCUUCGUAGAGCUAACGGUGGCUCAUGCAAGCGUCCUAACAAUCCUGGCGAUUUCCUUCGAACGGUACUACGCCAUCUGUGAACCACUCAAGGCCGGUUAUGUUUGCACCAAAGCACGAGCUCUGAUGAUUUGCCUGGCCGCUUGGGCUGUGGCCGCUAUCCUGACGAGCCCAAUAUUGUUGAUCUCAUCGUACGAACAUGUGGAAUACUUCAACGGGAAAAUUGUCGCUUCCUGCCUUACCCCAGUGGAGAACAUGUGGCACGUUUCCUUCUUCGUGGGCAGCAUAGUGGUUUUCUUCGUCGUACCGCUACUGGUUCUGGUUGUUCUGUACUCUGUCAUCUCCAAAAACCUGAUGGACAACCCCGGUAUCAUCAUGUCCAGUGCCAGCGGCACCCGAAAUCAUGUGAUCAAGUACCGCAAACAAGUCAUCUUUAUGCUCGGGGCCGUCGUGGUCAGCUUUUUCUUUUGUCUGCUUCCGUUCCGGGCACUGACCCUGUGGAUCAUCAUCGUACCCAGCGAGAACAUCAUCGCAAUCGGCUUCGAGCGUUUCUACAUUAUACUUUACUUUUGCCGGAUAAUGCUCUACAUGAACUCGGCCAUCAAUCCCAUACUGUACAACCUGAUGUCGUCCAAGUUCCGAAACGGAUUCCUGCAGCUGUUGGGAUGUGGCAAAAUGAUCCGAUCGGACAGCAUUUCCUCGAGUGCCAGAAAGGGGACAUACCACACCGGUUCGAUGAAUAGCAGCUCGCACAAUAGCUCCAGCCAGAGGCGGCUCACCAGAGAGGGAAGUUGCGUGACCGCUAGAGUGAUCGCAGAAAACAGCAGCCGGAAACGGCUUUUGCACCAGCGACACAGCAGUACGAUAUCGACCAGAUCUUCCCAUGAUGAGCCAAGCGGAGCAGGUGGCAACGGAAACGAAGGACCAAUUUCAACCGAUACAGGAACAUACGAAACCACGCCCCUAAAAGCGGACAAAAUUGACGAAAUAGACGAGACGAUAAAUCCACUGCCAAAUGGUUUCAAUAAUUUUAAACGCGUUGUAGGCGGCAAUAGUUGUAAUGUUAGUUUUAAGGCAUCAAAUAAUUGUAACAAUAAGACUAGUCAACGGAUGAAUGGAACUGUUUCGGUAGAACCGAAAGCCGUUCAUCAAACGGACAAUAAACACUUAAUUGUAAGAGCAGCGGUAAUAGUGAUGCGAGAGGUUACGGAUGAGGACGAAAAGUCAACGUCGCUGGCAGCUACGUUGCCGGUGCCAGAGCAGAACCCAACGGAUUCGGAGGUCACGCUAAUUCAGGGCGCACGCGGCAGCGAGCAAAUAGUGUCCAUCAUAACUGCCAAAGAGCGAGCAAACGGGAACUGUUUCAAUAAAGCACAACAAAACGAUACCAGUAGUAAAGCGAAGAAGGGUGAGGAGGGUGAAGUAGCUUUUGAUGAAAUUACUAAAAUAAGGCAUUUCUACGGCUCUAAGGAAUGUGAUAUCUAGUCUAAACAACAGGGGCGCAUGUUUGUUUGAUAUUAUUGGUGUGGUGUUUUGAGGAAAUUGUAAAUCGAAUCAAUGACGACAUGAAAGAGCAACGCUUAGUAUUGAAUACAUUCUAUUUAUCGUAUAAGAAUAGUAUUUCUCUAAAUCAAUUUGUGUAUUAAAAUGUGUAUGAGAUUAAUAA